AUGGACAGCGGUGAGGGAGGCGGAGGGGAUGGAGGGGGAGGAGAGGAGAGAGAUGCUGACCUCAGUCCCCAGGCUUUAUCUCUUCCUCUCCUGACCCAGGCGGUCAUUCCGGAGCAAGGGUCAUCCUCUUAUACCUCAGCCAUGGCCCCUGCCAAAGAGCCCCUGACCCUGCCUCAGCAGGAGGAGGGCGCAGAGGGGUCCCAGGCUAGAGAAGAGACCCAGGGAGGGGAUCGGAAAGACGGAGGCCGACACACACAGGAGAAUAAAGCAUGUCAAAAGCAGGGGAUGAGGGAAGACUUCGGGGAGGGAGAUUUGUCAGGGCAAAAGAAGGAAGAAGGGGAGGUGCAUGUAAGUGUGGGAGAGGCGUCAGUUACAGGGGGCCUCCCAGCAGCCCUUUGCAGCAGAGGCGGAGAAGAGGAGAAGGAAGAGGAGGAGGCCAUCUCAAACCAAAGCCAAACCAAAUCCAAAUGUUCUUUAUUACCUCAACAGAGCCAGCACAGCUCUUCUUCCAGCACUGCAAAGGCCAGUUGCACACUCGACAGCAAAAUAGCCGCCUCUCCAAAGCCCUCUCCCACAUCUUCCCCCUUUCCAAAGCCCUCCCCUUGUCUUGCCACCUCUCCAAAGCACUUCACUGGUCCAUCCUCCUCUUCUGCCCUGCUGAGCGAGACAGAGGUAAAAGACAUUAAGGGAGAUCAGGGCUGGAUUUCUGGGUUUCCUCAGAGCUUUAAAUCCCAGCAGUCUACUCUGGCUUUACCACUGGCAGGUACAGAGCCUGCCAGCACACCUGCUGAGGAUGAUGGGUCGGCAGGGGUUUCUCACUCUUCCAUUACCAAUGGAGAUGGUGCCAAAGCUCCAGAACCAAAUGAAAACCAGCUAGACACAGAAGGGGACGACGAGAGAGACAAAGAAGGAGAACAGAAAGAAGCUGUUCUUAAAAACCUCAACCAAGACCUCUCUUCGAGUUCACUGACGAGUCACAUGACCAUAAUGCACUCACGCAACUCUUGCAAGACCCUGAAAUGCCCCAAAUGUAACUGGCACUACAAGUCCCAGCACACACUGCAAGUCCACAUGAAAGAGAAACACCCAGAGACGGGGGGCCAAUGUGUGUGUGGUGCAUCCGGAGGAAAGUGUGUGUGUGGUGGUGCAACACAAGGUGUGUGCAGUUAUUGCAAUUCCGGAAAACCCCAUCCUCGCUUGGCCCGUGGUGAAACCUAUGCCUGCGGCUACAAGCCGUACCGCUGUGAGGUCUGUGACUAUGCUACCUCAUCGAAAGGCAACCUCAGCAUACACAUGCAGUCUGAUAAACACCUUAAUAACGUUCAAAAUGGGGGAAACUCUAAUGGUCACGUGCACACUUCUCACAUUACCAACAACAGCAGCCCCUCCAAUGGUCACACAGUGGAUGAGCCGGUAUACAAGCUCCCACUCUCUAUUACCACGCCUACAACCCAGCCCGCCAAGCUCGCACCACCUGCACACUCUCACUCUCAUGGAAAGCGGUGGCGGUGUGAUGUGUGCGACUAUGAGACCAGCAUUGCCCGAAACCUGCGCAUACACACCACCAGCGAGAAACACACACAUAACAUGCUACGGCUCCAGAGAGGCUACUAUCUAUCUCACUGCAGGAGCCUCACUCCACAGCUGAAACACCUACAAAACACAGGUGCCGAGCUCUCCUUGAACAUGCGACUCACCAGUCAGCAAGUCACAGAAGCGCCAGUCACCCUUGGGUCUACACUGACUCCCUCUCCUUCCCCCUCUCCCUCACCCCCUCCAGCCCCAUCUCUGUCCCCCACUGGACCGCUCUCUCAAGGCAUGUUCCAAUGCCUUGUCUGCUCCUGCUUUUCAUCUGACAGCACAGAGAUUGUGGAGCAGCACUUGAAUGCGCCUCGCUCCUUACCCCAGUCUGAGUGGUGCUCCCUGGUUGCUGGUGGCUGCCACUGCAGAUUGUGCGGCUACACCACCCCACUGAGGGCUAACUUCUCCUUACACUGCCAGACUGACCGACACCGCUCCCGUUACCAGCUUACUGCUCACAUCCAGGAGGGAGGAGACAGGGGUCAGGAGGGGGUUGCCCUUAUUGCUAAGGGAAACCCCGUCCAGGUGAGGUGCAACCUGUGUGACUAUGUGACCAGCAGUUUUGAGAAGCUACGAGGACAUUCCCUGGGUUCACACCAUGAGGCCGGCGUCAGGGUUUACAGGUUCCUGCAGCAGUAUGAUGGUGAGGUUGAUGGAGGAUCGUGGCUGUUCCAUUGUCUCCUAUGCAACCACUCCUCCUCCUCUAAACUCCAAGUACUGAAACACAGUCAAACCCCAAUCCAUCAGCAGAGGGAAGAGCUUCUACAGCUGCAGCCAAUGGGUGGAGAGGAGCUGGCAGCCAUUUUUACCAUCAGGAAGAGUGCUGAUGGCGUCACAGGAGAACUCAGUGAUGAUGUGGAAACUUCCAGCGAGACCAGUGGUAUUUUGGAAACAACCAAAGACACAUGUAACUCGGGGGUGAAGCAGAUUUCCGAGGAGACAGAAGAAACCAGGGGGGAGGAAAGAGACAAGAAGGAGUCAUUGAGCUCCGUCAAGCGUCCGUCCUCUGGAUACGCGGAGAUGGAAAGCUCCAUUGAAACCAAACGCCCGAGAAUACACCAGCAAAAUGAGAACCAGCAGACUGUCCAGUGCCCUCUGUGCCAGGUUAAACUCCCAUACACACACCUCCGACCGCAUCUCACACAUCUGCACAGUGUGGCACAGGACUGUGUGGACAAGCUCAUCAGCACAGUCAAACCACCCAUGGAACAACUGCCUCAUCUGCAGAUGGAACUACCAACAGACGUGUGCACAGAUGAGACUCCAGAAAAUAAAACCGCCAAGAAUAACAAUGCAAGUUGUGUCAAUUCCGCUGAUUCAAUUGCCUCUGUUGAUUCUCAGAAAAAACAAGGCAUUUCAGUGGCAAACACUGAGGGAGAUGUAGCCGCACCCAAAGAUGUCACAGCUCUACUUACCCCACCCCUUGAAGAAAACACCACUCACCCUUCCAAUGGCAGACUGGCUCCUCAGUCCCCGACUCAGAUCCCCCCCUCCUCACCCAUCUCCCCACCUAGCGAUCCCCCUUCUCUCUCUGAUCGCCAUGGUUACCGGUUCCGUUGCAGCAGGUGCAGCCUGGCGUUCCCCACUCAGGAGAAGCUCCAAACGCACUGGCAGUACCAUGCCAUGAGGGCGGCGACAGAGUGCCCCCUCUGUUCUAGACAAUGCCGCAGUCAGGAGGCCUUGCAGAGACACAUUCAAAACACACAUUCACAGCUGGACAACACACAGGGGCAGAGUACAGUCUUACCACCUCAUACUACUCAAUAUAUGGAGCAUAAUACGAGUUCUGUUCAGCAAGAGUUAAGUUUAUCACCACAAGUGGGUCAAGAGGCAGGAGAAGGGGAGGAUGAAGACAUAGAGGAAGAAGAAGCAAUGGGCAUUGAGGGAAAAGAGGAACAACAAGAAGAAGAAGUUCAAAUUAAAGAUAAGGAUACAGUUGGUGAAGAGGAUAAAGUUGAGGAGGAUUUAACUGAGCCAGAGAAAGGGUCACAUGAGGAGAUGAUAUCAGAACAUGGUUCCAACUCUCUUGUCAGAAAGUGCUCUAACCCCACAUUGGACCGCUAUCUGGAUCCAUCCAGGCCCUAUAAAUGCACCAUCUGUUCAGAGUCCUUUACUCAGAAAACCAUUCUUCUGGUCCAUUUUAACUCUGUGUCGCAUCUUCACAGGGCCAGACGGGCCCUGCAGGACUCUGGCACAGGUGUUGCGGCCCCUGAGGCUCCCCGCGGCCCAGACUCUCGACCCUACCGCUGCAGACUUUGUGGCGUAGGCUACAGCCAGAGCUCCACACUGGACAUACAUCUUCGCUCUGUCCUUCAUCAGACUAGAGCUCGUGCUGCCAAGAACACAGCUCAACAGACCCCAGCAUCUAAUGUAGCUGUUCCAUUGACCACCGCUUCUACCCAGCCUGGUGCCACCAGAGAGGAAAUAUCCAAGAGUUUGCCUUUCCCCAAGAGGCUAGAUGGAACAAGCUCCUCAGCCUAUUCACUAUUUGAUCCUAGCCUAGCAACAGAGGUCAAGCCAACCUAUAACCAAAAUAGCCAGCAAGCUAAAAAGAAAGUGGCAGAGCUUAUAGCAUCUCGAAAUCAGCUAAUGCUAAUACAGCAGCAGCAGUUAGCCCAGGCUCAGGCACAGGCCCAAGCUCAGUUACAACAACACACAGCUAUGCUCCAGUCCCAGGCAUUGCAGCACCUCCCCUUAGGGAUAGAGAAUCUCCUUAAACAACACUUCCCCCUGACUCCAGACAACUUUCUGUCUCUGCAGCAACAACUUCUCCUACCAUUUUACUUAUCAGGAGACAUGAAACUAGACAUGAGCCUAGACCUUGGUCAGUUACUAUUGGCCAACUCCAUCCAAAAAGAACAAGUUAAGGUAGAAGCUCAAACUGAGUCCCCACCUGAAACUGAUGAGAAACAAAACCAUAAACAAAGCUCCAACCCAGCUGUAAGCCAAUUUAAGGAUCAUGUGCAGUUUCAGACCAAGAACGAAGCAGUCCGCAGAGGAUCCUCCAUCAACCACACUGAAAGAGAAAACAGCAAUACUUGUCUUGAGGAAGAAAAAGAAGAAAUGCAUGUUACUACGGUUAAAAAUGAGAGUCAAAAGGAGGAAACCCAUUCUCCCUCAUUUAAUCUACUUAAAUUGCAGUGUCCGCCUCCCAGAGUGCCCUAUGCUGCUGCGAAUGGGGAGCCUCUUAAAGCCCUACUACAGAGUUAUGGCUAUGAAUUGGCAAUGCAAUAUACACAAAGUAGACACAGACACCAGCAGCAGAUUGCCACUCAAAUGAUACCGUAUGAACAACAGUGCUCUGAUCUCAAUAAGAUCGUUGCUUGCUUAGAGGUCGAAAAAGAGAAGUUAAAUGAAACAGAGGAUGGACAGGUAGUAGUUUGCAAUGAGGAUAACAACGUAGUACAUGGCAAUGGAGACAGAGAUAGCAGCUUAUGGCCAGAGAAAACUCUAAACAAAGGUGAAAAAGCAGCAAAUGAAGAAAAAAGAUGCUGUGGAGCAGGUGAAAAGUGCAAAGACUGUGGCAAGUUAUUUUCAGAUGCCUUGAUUUUAAAAACCCACCAGGAAUACAUUCACAGGAUGAUGUUUCCCACUGCUGUACUGGAGAGGUUUUCCAGAAAAUACAGGCUGCAAUAUGACCAGAUGUACCCCCUCACACAGCCUAAAUCUAUGGAGAAUUCAACUACAUGCCCCCAGGAUGCAGUCUCAACCACAUCCACAUCUUUGGAAUCAGAAACACCACAAGAGCCAAUUAAAUCUCAAGUGAAAACCAUUUCACCCUCACCUGUAUCCUCAGUUCCAGAUCUCGUUACUAAAACAUCUGCUACGACUACAGACCCACCCCAAACUGCCUCAUCAGUUUCUUCUCCUCCAUCACCAUUGCAACCUCAAGAAUGUCCACAACCUGAGAUUCCCAUCCCAGGUACAUCAGCUACUUCUCAAACCACGUCCCCAGCUAAAUCCAUACCUAAAAUACCUAUGUCCUCUCUGCCCUUGCCCCAGCUUCCUAUACCCCAACUGCCUUUACCUAAGCUUUCCCUACCACCCAUUCCUUUCCCCAUGGAACUACCUCUCCUCUCUCCAGCUAUGAUGCAGUCUGUGGCUCUCCAGACCCAACCUUGGUUAGACUUAAGUGUAAACCCGGAGUUGGCAAAACUCUACCAAUCUCAACUCAAUCCAGCAAUGCUAGGGCAGCAAACACAGUUUAGUCCACCGUUGCUAAGUCAGACUCCACAACUCAACCCUGCAUUGCUGGGUCAACCAUCCCAGCUCAGUCCCAUCCAAACAGGACAGCAACCUCAAGUCAGCCCAUCAAUGCUUGAACAGCAGCAGGGUAAGCGAACCCGAACACGAAUCUCAGAGGAGCAACUGACUGUUCUGAGGAGACACUUUGAUAUUUACAGCCUCCCCAGUGAUGACGAGAUCAACAAAAUGUCUUCUCUGUCUGGACUGCCUCACAAAGUCAUUAAACACUGGUUCCGCAACACCCUAUUUAAAGAGCGCCAGCGAGACAAGGAUUCUCCUUAUAAUUUUAAUAACCCUCCAACCACAUCCCUGGAGGAGGGAAAAGAGGAAGUAGCACAAAACCAAACUCUGACACUUGAACCAUGUUCACUAUCCCCAGCCCCCCCAGCCAUCUCUCCACAGCCCCAGAUAACAGAUAUCCAGAGAGGCGAGCCCCAUAGGGGUCGACGCUCUUCCCGAACUCGCUUUACGGAGCAACAGCUGGAGACCCUACAGGGGGUGUUUGAGGCCACUCCCUACCCCAGGGAGGAAGAAUAUGACAGAAUGUCUGCUCUGUUGUCUCUCCCUAACAGAGUCAUUGUUGUAUGGUUUCAAAAUGCAAGACAGAGAGCCCGCAAAAACCAAGACGGGGGACGGGGGACUGAUGAUGGAUUAGAGGGAAAGAACCAGCCUGACAACAUUCACAGACAGAGAAGUGGCUGCUUCAAGAACGAUGAAGAUAAUGAGGAUAACAGCUGUGGCGAUGAAGGACAAGGUGACUGUGAAAACUCCAUGGAUCUGACUUAUGAGUACUACACCCAACCUGACUCACCUGUCCUUGAUUCUUACACUAAAGACACAGAAAGUGAACAGCAAACAUUUAAUGGCGAACCGACACUUGCAACCAGGAAACGAGAGGAUAAAACCACCUCUUCUCAUGCUGAUAAGUGCCCAGCUCUGGUUCAAACUCAAAAUGGAAUUUCAGAUGCUGACUUUCAUCAGAAGGAAAAGGUUACAGUCAAGAAAACAGGCUCCUCUUCAAAACUUGAACCUAAGCUUCAACCAGAAAGUACUCCAGAAAGAUCUCAGCCUUGUUCUUCCUCCUCUUCACAAAAGACCGUACCCACCAUCCCGUCUAUAUCUCAUUGCAGCCAGGCGCAUACCCAAAGUUCUCCUUCACAUCAAGCUUGUGAAAAGCCUGCUGAUCCAUCACCUAACCUCCCUUCUGCUUCAGAGUCUGAAAAAAGCCACACUGGGCUGCCUGAUUCCACCUCAAGCCUACUCAGUGAAGCCCAGUCACAAAAUCAGCUGCUUCUCCAGACCCAGGCUCAAUUCCCAUGCAGUGUCUGUCCAAUGUCCUUGCCAACAUUCCAGCUGUGGCAGGAGCAUCAGACCAGGCACCUCCUGGCAGCUCAGUCCCAGGUCCAACUCAUGCAUUCUGGCUUCACAGACCGAACCAUGCCUUACAUGAUGCUUCACCCCAACCACACCCUGAUGGCCAGCCAAAUGCUUUCAGGUGCUCUGUCCCAGAUUCAUCCUAAUCCCACACAUUCGAUGAUGUCACAUUUAAACAGUAUACAAAUUCAAAACACAAUGUCUGAUCAUUCAAGUAACACCCUCGCGGGUCUAUCUCAAGGUUCACUGACACCUAUGAAGCAGAAUACGAAGCUUAUAUCAGAAACCAGUUUUGAAAGCCAGAGGAGCAAUAGAGAAGUUGAGGAAGAGCACAGAAGGGAUAAGCGUCAGAGAACCACCAUCACCCCAGAGCAGCUUGAAGUGUUGUAUCAGCGUUACAGCUUGGACUCUAAUCCUACCAGAGGAGUACUCGAAAGCAUCGCACGAGAUGUGGGCCUAACAAGACGUGUUGUUCAGGUCUGGUUUCAGAAUACACGAGCCAGAGAGAGAAAAGGACAGUUCCGGUCGAUGGGGCCAGGAUCCAGUUUCAGCUUGGGUUUGAAUCACCUUCGCUGCCCAUUUUGCAGGGCUCUGUUCAAGGUCAAGAGUGCUCUGGAUGCCCAUAUGAGGUCCCGUCACUGGGCAGAGGCUGAAAGAGCAGGUUACAACUUAUCAAUGAGUAAUGUAUCCAGUGGGCAGAUUGGGAUGACCGUGUUGUCUGUCAUGGAUAGACCGGGCCCAUCUAUCACCUCCAACCCUAUCCAAAACCCUGCUUAUGUCAUAAGCAACAAAGAGAUAACUGGGAGGCCGCCUGUCACCUCUUUGUCUUUAACCACUGAUCUGAACAACCCAGAGGAUGAUGAUGAAUAUGAGGAUGAUGAAGAGUAUCCAUGUGAGGAGGGUUCCAGUAUGGCUGACCAAGAGUCUCCUAGUCCUGAGGGAUCUGGGGGUCCAAGCUCUGAUUGGGGUGAGACACAAACUCUGCAGCAACACCACCACCAUCAGCAACAGCGCCAAAGGACACAGAUGAGUCACUUCCAGGUACUGCAGCUCCGAGACUUCUACAGGAGUCAUCGCACACCCAACCGACAUGAGUGUGAGGCACUGGGCCAGGAGCUGGGGCUACCUCACCGCGUGGUGCAGGUGUGGUUCCAGAACGCCAGAGCCAAGGAGAAAAGGGCCAGGAGCCUAAGCUCUGACUCUGCAGAGAGGGAGCAGGCUGAGCUGUCUGCAGGAGCAGGGGAGAGGGACAGAGCUUAA